CUGCAAGUUCCAGCUCCACCCAAAACAAAACUGAAAAGUUGAACUCAUCAUGGAAGAGGCGAUGGCAAGCACAGGCUCUGAAGAGCUACUGAGCGAGAUUCCUUCCAGCGUAGGACUGGAGAGGAUAGACGAGGACGAGAUGGAGGACUCCCCUAGACCCAGUAUAGCUGGAAGAACAAAAAGGAGACUACUAGCAGAGGCAGAAGGAGGAGGAUUAGCAGACUCACCACUGCUGGGAUACGUUAUGAGUGCUCAUAAAAGCUCUCCCAGGCAAGGAGGAGGAGGAAGGUACCCAGGUAAAAAGCUAACAAAGACACCAAGCAUUGGGUACAUAGAUGCCGGAGCAGAGGAGCUUGGAGCAGUCCCUAUGAGAGGGAAGCAUCGUCACGACUGGCUCAAGGUUCAAGCAAACACAUUCACCAAUUGGGUCAACGACAGGCUGAGUGGGUCCCGCUCGAACUACAGUGGAGCACUCGUUCACGACCUCAAGACCGACUUUCAAGAUGGCAUCCUCAUCAUAAAAUUGCUGGAAGCUCUUACAGGGAAGAAGAUACAAGGUGUAGUCCGUGAUCCUAUAUUCACAGCUCAGAAAAUAUCCAAUUUGGACCAAUCGUUUGCGUUCAUGCAAGAAGAGGGAGUUUACUUCACAGCAAUAGGGAGUCAGAAUAUAUAUGAAGGUAACCUAAAAUUGAUCAUGGGUUUAAUCUGGACGCUUAUACAGCAUUAUCAGAUUAUGAGAAGAAAUACCAAAGUCUCAGCAAAAGAGCUCAUGUUGAAUUGGAUGCAAUCUCUUCUUCCAAACUCAAAAAUUAGCAAUUUCUCCUCAAACUGGAGAGACGGGAGAGCUCUCCUCUCUCUCAUUCACGAGAUCAAACCAGAGAAAGCACCUCCAGUCUCAAGUCUUGAUCCUCGUAAAAACCUCAGCAACUGCACCCUUGCCAUUCGAACGGCUAAAAUCUACCUCAAAGUCCCUCCGAUUAUAUCACCAGAAGAUCUCGUGAGUGGAGAGAUUGACGAGCUGAGCAUGAUGACGUACAUCUCAUACUUUGUAAAACCAGCCUCCAAAGCAGUUCUGAAGUGGGUCAAUGAAGUACUGCCACAGAUGAAAAUCACUAACCUCACGACGGACUGGAACAAUGGGAUAGCACUCGCCGGGCUUUUGAACAACCUCUUCCCUGGUCUCUUUCCAAAAUGGAAGUCCCUCUCGCCUGAAAAGGGAGAAGAGAAUAUCCAGAGAGUGUUUGACAUAGCUAAAGCGAAGUGUGGGAUUGAGCCUAACCUUAGUGCUAGAGAGAUGACGGAUCCUUCCAUUGAGGAGCUUCACAUGAUGACAUACAUCCUAAGAAUGAGGUCCUCAAACCUGCUCAGUCUGCCAGAGCACAUUGAUAUAUCUGGGCUCGGAAUAAAAGAGGCCAAACUUGGACGACAGACACAUUUCUUCAUCAACACAACUCAGGCUGGCUCAGGGGAUACUUUUGUCAGUGCUUUUUAUGAGGACGAGACUGGGCUUAAAUUCUCACAGGUGGAGAAAAGGCCGGGAAUAUUGAAAGUAAUAUACACGCCAGAGAAAUCCGGCAAACUUCAUUUCAACAUCCUCUGGUCUGGGGUUCCAGUUCCAGGCAGUCCGUUCCUUGUAUCAGUCUCGGAUACAAAUGCUGUGAGAGUAUUGGAGAGAGAGGAUAUUGAUACAACAAUUCAUGUACAGUCACCAGUUGUGAUAAAAGUUGAUGCAACCGCAAUGGAGCAUGGAUCAUUGACAGCACGUCUCAUGUACACCGACUCUCCUCCUCUUAUUCCUGAGGUGACCUCUGACAGUCGGAUAUACACUGUACAGUUCGUUCCAGUGACUGUUGGUAUGCCCACACUCCGUUUCUAUUGGGACAAGGAAGAAUUAAAAAACUGCUCAAUAGAAUUUACAAUAUUGGACACCAGGCAGUAUCACAUUUCACACUUACCAAAGAAGAGUCAGUACUACACGUUUGACCCGAUUCGCUUUGUUGUCGAAUCGAGAGAAGGCCUUCCGCUCCAUCCACUCAAAAUGGUUGCCAUUUGCGAUGAGAUUCACAUCCCCUUCAAGUUCAACAGCAUAAAAGGAACAUCAGGCGAGGCCAUGUUUCUAAAGCCGGUGCUCAAAGUACAAGGAUCCACAGCAAGGUACCCAGUGACGCUUGAAGAGAAGAGUCCUCAAGAGUAUCUGGCUCAUUUUAUACCGUGGGAGUUGGGGGCACACGAUAUAUCAAUCACGCUGGGCGGCUUCCCAAUCCCGGGCACACCAUGUGAAUUUAAUGCAGUGACUAGUGCUAGUACAACGUGCAGUGCAACUGGUUCAGGGCUACAGCGAGCACUCACUUCCAUACCAGCACAGUUCCUCGUGCAAGCAACAUCAGGUCUCCUAGAGGAAGGGAAUCUUAGCAUUCAAGUCCAGAGCGUUGUGUCAGGCUAUUAUGGCAAAGUGAGGGUGAGGGACAACGAAAACAGUUCUUAUAAUGUUGCCUAUCUUGUUGAUACCCCUGGGGCUUAUCUAGUCCACGUGAAGGCAUGGGAUCAACACAUUCCGGGGAGUCCAUUCAAAGUGAACGUGAGUUACGGGCCACAGGCUCACAACUGCAUUUUGAGCGGUAAAGCCGUUGAUCCUAAUUUUUUUGUGAAAAUUGGAGACCCGAUUGAGUUCUCAGUCGACGGUCGUAAAGCUGGCAAUGGGAUGCUAAAUGUGUCAGCCGUGGGACCAAGAGGAGCUCAAGCAAGAGUCUUCACAGCAAAGGGCUCAAGAUCAGGACUCUACGAUGUCCAGUUAGACCCGAUUAGACCAGGCAAGUACAGGGUCUCCGUUAAAUGGAGUGGGGAGCACAUACCGAACAGUCCCUUUCUAGUAAAAAUAUUCCCAGGAGCUGAUGCAAGCAAGUGUAGAGCAUAUGGUCCAGGGCUUGAGGAUGGGAUGGUAGGGAAACCAAGCACCUUUACCAUCGAGACGAGAGAUGCUGGCUCCGGAGUACUCAAAGUGAGACUGAACGGACUCAGGAAUGCAUUCAAGGUUGACGUGAAGCCGGUGAGUACCCAAAACAUGAGGACACUUGUUGCCAAAUACAACCCAACCAAGCCGGGGGACUACCUCAUUAGUAUAAAAUGGUCAGAGGUCGAUGUGCCAGGGAGUCCAUUCAAAGUGAGAAUAGGAGGAGAAGAGAUCGUGAACAGAGAACAGAAUCACAGAACAAGCGAAAGCAGGCUAACAGAACUCGAGACUAUACAAGAGGAAUACCAGCAAACUGAAUCACAGUUCAGUUUGGAAGAUUGGACCAAGAAGCAAAGGCACUACAACCACAGGCAGCAGCAACCACUCUUGCCUGCACAUGCAAACUUUUCUUCAAGCAUGCCCAAGUUUGGUCAAGGACACGGGAUCAGCUAUCAGAGUAAUUUUGCCACAAGAGGAGGCAUAGCAAGCAGAGGAGGAGCUGGAGUCAAGAAAAGCGGAGGGAGUAGUAAGCAGACGAAAAAGCAUCAGCAGCACAAUGGAAGGUCAAUGAGUAAUGGGACACAUCCCAAGAAAUCAACAUUAAAGAAAUAACUGACACAAAAUAACAAAACACAUUUUCAAUUUUAAAUUUCAAAUUGUGUGCUACAUGUGACUAUUAUGCAUUACACCCAAUUUUUGUGCACUCCAUUUUUGUCCAUUCUAUAUACAAUAAUACUCAAAAAAUAUAUUCCCUGUUUUUUGUAUCUCAGUUUUUGUUUCUCAUAAAA